AAACAAUGAAUGAAUGACACCAACCACUUACCCUCUUGAAAAUGAACCCACCAUACACUACAAUCAACUUCACCAAUAUUAUAAUUACAAUAUUGACUCUAUGCUCUUUUGUAUAAAACCAUGAAAGAGUUUAUAGAUUGAGAAAUUAAGGGUCAUAGAGUUAUUUUUGGUCCUUGAAGUUGAGGACAUACAAAAAUGAUGGAAUCUGGUGUUAGUUUCUGUAACUCUUGUGGGGAACAAGUUGGAGUUGAUGCUAAUGGUGAAGCGUUUGUGGCUUGUCAUGAAUGCUAUUUCCCGAUUUGUAAGGCUUGUGUUGAUUAUGAAAACAGCGAGGGACGUAGCGUUUGUUUGAGAUGCGGUAAUCCCUAUGCUGCUGAUAAAGCAAGAGGUAAGGAUGCUGCCAAAGUCUCUGGAAAUCAAUCAACAAUGCCUGCACAAAUCAGUACUUCUCAGGAUGUUGGACUCCAUGCUAGGCAUAUAAGUACUGUGUCAACUGUGGACAGUGAAAUGAAUGAUGAAUCUGGAAAUCCUAUUUGGAAAAAUCGAGUGGAAAGUUGGAAGGAAAAGGAUAAAAAGAACAAGAAGAAAAAGGCAGCACCUAAGGCUGAAAAUGAGGCUCCUGUUCCACAAGAACAGCAGAUGGAAGAAAUGCAGCCGUCGUCUGAGGUUGCUGCGGCUGAGCCACUUUCGGUCAUUAUUCCAGUCUCGAAAUCGAAACUCGGACCAUACAGAACUGUCGUUAUCAUGCGGCUCAUUAUCUUGGGUCUGUUUUUCCAUUAUAGAGUUACACAUCCAGUUGAUAGUGCUUUUGGUCUGUGGUUGACAUCUAUCAUCUGUGAGAUCUGGUUCGCGUUUUCCUGGGUGUUGGAUCAGUUCCCUAAAUGGUCUCCUAUCAAUAGGGUUGCUUAUACUGAUAGGCUCUCCGCGAGGUUUGAAAGAGAGGGUGAACCUUCUCAGCUUGCUGCGGUGGAUUUCUUUGUCAGUACGGUUGAUCCGUUGAAAGAACCUCCGCUGAUCACAGCUAACACUGUUCUUUCUAUCCUUGCUGUGGACUAUCCUGUGGAUAAAGUAUCGUGUUAUGUAUCGGAUGAUGGUGCAGCAAUGCUUUCGUUUGAGUCCCUUGUGGAGACAGCUGACUUUGCAAGAAAGUGGGUUCCGUUUUGCAAAAAGUUUUCGAUCGAACCACGUGCACCUGAGUUUUACUUCUCUCAGAAGAUUGAUUACUUGAAGGACAAGGUUCAACCUUCUUUUGUGAAGGAACGUAGAGCAAUGAAAAGAGACUAUGAAGAGUACAAAGUCCGAAUUAAUGCUUUGGUUGCAAAGGCUCAGAAAACACCAGAUGAAGGAUGGACUAUGCAAGACGGAACCUCUUGGCCAGGAAAUAAUUCGCGCGAUCAUCCUGGCAUGAUUCAGGUUUUCCUCGGACACAGUGGUGCCCACGACAUAGAAGGAAAUGAACUUCCAAGGCUGGUUUAUGUUUCGAGAGAGAAAAGGCCAGGUUAUACCCACCACAAAAAGGCUGGUGCUGAAAAUGCACUGGUGAGGGUGUCUGCAGUUCUCACAAAUGCUCCCUACAUUCUCAAUCUCGAUUGUGAUCAUUAUGUUAACAAUAGCAAGGCUGUUCGAGAAGCGAUGUGUUUUCUGAUGGAUCCAGUGGUCGGUAGAGAUCUUUGUUAUGUGCAGUUCCCCCAAAGAUUUGAUGGUAUUGAUCGCAGUGAUCGAUAUGCCAAUCGCAACACAGUUUUCUUUGAUGUUAACAUGAAAGGACUUGAUGGAAUUCAAGGACCUGUAUAUGUGGGGACUGGAACCGUUUUCAACCGACAAGCGCUUUACGGAUACAGUCCACCUUCUAUGCCAAGUUUGCCGAAAUCCUCAUCAUCGUGUUGUUGCUGUCCUUCAAAGAAGCCUAACAAAGAUGCCUCAGAGCUUUAUAAAGACGCAAAGAGGGAAGAGCUUGAUGCUGCCAUUUUUAAUCUAAGGGAGAUUGAGAGUAAGCACAAUAACCUUUUUUUGUCAAACAGUUUUCUUAAAUAUAAAACCAGACUCCUCAAAACGGAACGCGUUUUGGUUUCUUUUCUUUCUCUUGCAGAUUAUGACGAGUAUGAGAGAUCAAUGCUUAUUUCACAACUUAGCUUUGAAAAAACAUUCGGUUUGUCCACUGUUUUCAUUGAAUCAACAUUAAUGGAGAAUGGUGGUGUGUCUGAAUCUGCUGAUCCUUCAAUGCUGAUCAAGGAGGCCAUUCAUGUAAUUGGCUGCGGAUAUGAAGAAAAGACAGCAUGGGGAAAAGAGAUUGGUUGGAUAUAUGGUUCGGUUACUGAGGAUAUCUUAACGGGGUUCAAGAUGCAAUGUCGUGGAUGGAGAUCAGUUUACUGCAUGCCCUUAAGGCCAGCAUUCAAAGGGUCAGCUCCAAUCAAUCUUUCCGAUCGUUUGCAUCAAGUUCUUCGCUGGGCUCUUGGAUCAGUUGAAAUUUUCCUUAGUAGACAUUGUCCUCUCUGGUACGGUUUCGCUGGAGGCCGUCUCAAAGUUCUACAAAGACUAGCUUAUAUCAACACCAUUGUUUACCCUUUCACUUCCCUUCCUCUCGUUGCUUAUUGUACUUUGCCUGCAAUUUGCCUACUCACCGGAAAAUUCAUCAUCCCAACGCUAUCAAACCUUGCAAGUGCACUCUUUCUUGGACUCUUCAUCUCCAUUAUAUUGACCAGUGUACUAGAGUUAAGGUGGAGCGGUGUCACCAUAGAAGAUUUAUGGCGUAACGAGCAAUUUUGGGUGAUUGGAGGUGUUUCAGCUCAUCUUUUCGCAGUCUUCCAAGGUUUCCUAAAGAUGUUAGCAGGUGUUGAUACAAACUUCACAGUCACAGCCAAAGCUGCAGAUGAUGCAGAGUUUGGUGAACUAUACAUGAUCAAAUGGACAACACUCUUGAUUCCGCCAACAAGCCUUAUCAUUAUUAACCUUGUUGGCGUUGUUGCUGGAUUUUCCGAUGCACUGAAUGGUGGUUAUGAAUCUUGGGGGCCACUCAUUGGAAAAGUUUUCUUUGCAUUUUGGGUGAUCUUUCAUCUUUAUCCAUUCCUUAAAGGUCUUAUGGGUCGCCAAAACCGUACUCCAACCGUUGUUAUUCUUUGGUCAGUGUUGUUGGCUUCUGUCUUUUCACUUGUUUGGGUUCAGAUCAAUCCAUUUGUGAGCAAAGUUGAUAGUGCAGCUAUCUCUCAGACUUGCAUUUCUAUUGAUUGUUAAAGUCUCACAUACCGACAAUGUUGCUUGCUGAACAAGUUUUGAUCAUAUGUUAAAGAUAUGGAAUACAUUUAAUGAUGAUGAUGAUGAUGAUGAUUCAAUCUGCAAGGUGUGCAAGUCAUUAGCACUAGUUCUUUGUUGAAAUGUGCAAGCAUUUUGAAUUGUAUGGUUGUGUACUUGUUUUUCCUUGGUUUGGACAAUUUUUCUGUGUAAAGAGACCAAUGAUUUACUGGUUAUAGAUAUCAAUGUAAAAAUAGUGGUUUUUUUCUUCAA